AACUCGAAUCCCCCUCAUUUCUAUUAUUCUCUCUAACUCUCUUUGCUCCAACCUCCUUCCUCUUCUCCAUGACUCCAUCUUCAUCAAGCUUCGUCAACUCGGAGAACUCAGCUCCCAUCCUCUCCUUCUCCGCAGCUUCAUCUUCCUCUAAUACUUUUCUCAGAGGCGCAGAGGCUGCCAUGGGAGAGGAAAGGUCAACCUCAUGUUCAAGCUUUGGAUUGAAGUCAAAUUCGACGCCAUGUUUGUUGUUUCCAAGUUCAGCACCUCUUUCUCCAUAUUCUUUCCUUUCCCUUCCCGGUGGUCUUAGCCCCUCCAUGUUCCUCAACUCCCCUAUGCCUCUUUCUUCUUCUAAUAUAUUAGACUAUCAAGCAAUUGGGAGUAGUUUUCCUGCACAAACAUCUAAUUGGAGGGAAAACAGUAUUAAUAAUUUUCAGGUAGAAUUUAAGGAACAUGACAAGUCAAAUUCUAGUUUCUCACUCCAAACAUCUACAUGGCCUGCAAACUUGCAAACUUCUUCCUUCCAUCCUUCUUCAAUAGAAUUUAUAAGUUCUGAAGAAGAAGCCUUCAAGAUACAUCAGCAAUCAUGGAGCUUUCAGCAGCAACCUCUACUAAGUUCAAACGAGAUCCCAACCAUGCAGACAAGUAAUCAGGCCGAGUACAGUAGCAACCAUUCAGCUAAAGGCUUCAGAGAGAGAAGAAAAGUUGAAGAUGGGUACAACUGGAGAAAAUAUGGGCAGAAACAAGUGAAAGGCAGUGAGAACCCAAGAAGCUACUAUAAGUGCACUAACCCUAAUUGUCCAACAAGGAAGAAGGUAGAGAGAUCAUUAGAUGGACAUAUAAUUGAGAUUAUAUACAAAGGAAACCAUAAUCAUUCGAAGCCACAAUGCACAAGAAAGAACUCAUCAUCUUUUCAAGGACUUGAUAGUUCAAUUCAUCAUAAAGAAAGGGAUCAUUCCAUUAAUGGAAAAUUCUGCGUGACAAAGGAUUCAAUCACAACCGAGAAUUCUUCUGCUUCAUUUGGUGACGAAGAUAUUGAUAUGAUUUCUCAGAGUUUGAUAACAGGUGGAGAUGGUUAUGAUGAGAAUGAACUUGAUACUAAGAAAUGGAAGAUGGAAGGCGGGGAUGAUGGGAUUUCAUAUUUGGGAAGUAGAACUGUUAGGGAGCCUAAAGUGGUGGUUCAAACGACGAGCGACAUCGACAUUCUCGACGAUGGAUACCGGUGGAGAAAGUAUGGUCAGAAGGUGGUGAAGGGGAAUCCAAAUCCUAGGAGCUACUACAAGUGCACAACUUCUGGAUGCUCGGUGAGAAAACACGUCGAGAGAGCAUCAACUGAUUUAAGGGCCGUGAUUACGACCUACGAAGGCAAGCACAAUCAUGAUGUCCCCAUUUCUCGAGGUAGCAUAGUCUUAGCAAACAAGACUUUAUAUGAAAAUAAUAGAAACAAAAACAACAAUAACAUCUACAACAUGAACAACUACAUCAUGCCUAUAAAGCCUUCAGUCGUUGAAAGUCGUCCUGGUCGAAUGGCCUAUGAUUCAUUUUUUGGCACAAAGUCUAAUGAAUUGGAUGGCAUUGGAAUCUCCAAAUUUGAUGAUUCAAUGAAUUUAUUGUUCGCUAAAUCAUUGCAACAGCAGAAUCAGCUUCAGCAAUUACAGCAGGGUCAGAUUAUGUUAACGAAGGCCAAAGAGGAGCCAAGAGAUGAUUUUUUCAUUGACUCGUUGCUAAACUAAAAUUAAUUCAGUUCAGGGAAAGGAGAAGUUUUCUUACUUUAUUGACUUGUACGAUGAUUUGUAAAAAAAAAAAAGGAAAUGUCUUAUUUGUUUAUUUGUUUUUGGGGGCACUUUCAAGAAAGUGGCCUUCGGGUCCUCUUGCUUGAAAUUUCCAAA